CAUUGCUCUGCGCUUUGCUUGUUUAUCUUGUUGCUCAUUCGUUCACAAAAAGCCGAUCGCGUGCGACGUAUUUGCGCGUCUGUGUCCGAUUUUUGUAGUGCGCGCGCUUUUAUAUUUUUCAUGGAAAUUGAUUUUGAUUAAAAAGUGCCAGCCAAAUAAAUAAUUGAAAAAUUGAAAUUGAAGGCGUGUGAAAUUGGCAAAACAUACCAGCUGUCAAAAACCAAUACGAGUGAGUGUGAGUGUAUGUGUGUGUGUGUGCGCGCGCGCGUUUAUUUUGUGUUUGUGUGUGUGUGUGUGUGUGUGUGAGCCUGGCCAGAGAGCGUGAAAAAAUGCACUAAACGAGAAAUCAAAGCAAAUUAGCAAAAACAACAACAACAAUAACAAUGCCAAACUAAAGCUGCACUAACCAAAACGAAAAAUAAAUAAAUAAAUAAAGAAAAUAACACAAAUUUCUAACGAAAAUCAAAUUGUAAAUUCCGGUUCGCGCACAAAACCAAAAUGCAAAAUACAAUGCAAGCCUUUGCAGCGGCCGCUGCGGAUGCGUCGACGUCGACGUCGCCGCCGGACUUUGAUUUCCAGAUGCCGUGUCGCUAUUUCAAAAGUUCUUUUGCGCGUUCGCUUUCGCUGAACAACAACAACAACAACAACAAUGGGAAUGGGAGCAGCGCUUUGGCAUUGCCCAAGAAGUCGCCGCAAAUUGAGGCCAAGCAGCAGCAGCAGCAGCAACUGGAACAGGAGCAGCAACAGGAGUCGCUCUGCUUGACGCCGCCGCCAGCGCUGCCCGCGCGACGUCACACGACGAGCAACAACAACAACAACAACUUGACACAUUUCAAUGCAGCGCCGACUAAUCAGCAGCAACAACAACAACAACAACAGCAGCAACAACAACAACAACAACAACUCCAGCGGAAUCUGAAUCUUGCCCUCACUUGGUCAAUGCAGGAUGCCAGUCAUGUUGCCGCACCCAACAACAACAACAACAACAAUAACGGCUGCAACAACUACAACAACAACAACUUGCCACAGCAAGCGGCGGCAGCAGCAGCAGCAGUUGCCGCACAUGAGCAAACGUUAAAUGUCGAGGCUGUCAUAUUGCAAAAUCAGGUGGACACAUUGCAAUGGCAAUUGAAGCAGACAGAAACCAAUUGUGAAAUGUAUCGAGCUGUAAUGGAGGAAGUCGCUCGCUUCUUCGAGCGCUAUCAACAGCAGCAGCAGCAGCAGCAACAACAGCAACAGUUGCAACAGCAGGAGCAACAGUUGCAGCAACGGCAGCAACAAGCGAAUCGCCACAGCUUGGGCGGCGGCCUGGGCGAGCAAAUCUCACGCUCGAAGAGUCUGCAUCAUGUGCACGGCGUGCAGAGCGAUCCCAAUGGCUGCCCGGACCCGGCAGCUGGCGGCAACAGCUGCGCUGGCUCCGUCGCCUCGUGCAACAGCUCCGCCUCGUAUUUGCGCGCGCGCAGCAGCACGAAUCUGAUGCUAAACAAAUCGAUGCUGACCAUGAACGAGGAGCACAGCUACGAGAGCAUUGCGCCAGCGGGCAGCUACAAUGCCUUCAAGGACUUCACCUGGCGACGCUCGCCCAAGAAGUUGGGCGGCUGCAAGUCGCGUCUCUCCUCGCCGGAGGCAGCCGAGGAGAAGCUUAACCAGGAGGCCUUUCGCCUGGCGCGCACCAUACGCAACCUGUUGCACAUGUCUGGGCAGCAGCCGGAUCUCACGCAGCCGCGUCACUCGAUCGUCUCCCUGGGCGGCGGCCAGCGUCUGUGCAAGAAUCAGAAAACCAGCUCAGUGUUGACGCUGCUCGCAGCUGCACCUGCGCCCGCGCCGCUGCACAAUUCGACCAGCCUGGAUGUGAUGGCCAAUCAUCCGCCGGCUGUCAAGUGCAACGUUGAGCUGGACAACGGCAGCAAUGCCAACGCCGCCGCCGUCGCCGCCAGCAGCGCUGAGAUGCUGUUUUUGCGCGCCAACCAGAUGCGUGAUUCGCGUUUGUCGCUGCGCAGCUCCACCGAUAGCUCUGUGCAUUCCACCAUCUCCUCGACGGCCUCGUCCUCAUCCAAAAUCGAAACCGAUGAGGAGCAUGCCGCCAACAACAACAACAACAACAACAACAACAAUGAUAAUAAGCAAAGCAAGCCAGCUGCGAGCAACUGCAAUAAUAAUGGUUCCAGCACGGAGGAUGAGAGCGGCUUCAGUUCCAUCAGCUCGUUCCAUGAUGUGGGUCUGCCGCUCAGCUCCACACUGAUUGGCGGCAACAAUUGCCGCCUCUCGCUCUCCACAGAGAGCCGCAACUCGACGCUGAAGUCGGCGCUGAAUGUGGUGGGCGUGCCGCUGCAACCGCUGCAACCACAGCUCCCGGCCAGCUGCCAGACGCAAUCGCCAGCGAAAACCUAUCGGAAUGCCAAUCGCUAUCAGCGCUUCUCCACGCUCUCCAAUGAGGAUGCAGCCGCUGUGCUCUGGGUUUAGGCUGAGCCCAUACUCGCACCGAUGCCCAAAACCCACCCCAGUGGCAUUUCUCGCUCCGUUUCAAUUAAGUUUUUUAGUUUUUAUGUUCUAUUACUCGCUAGUGCCUCUCUCUCUCUCUCUCUCUUUCGUUUAGCUGUUAGCCGUUCCUUAAAUUAAAUUUCAAAUUUUUGAUUUACGUACGUUAUGUAUAUGAUAUUAUUUUAAUUAUGUAUAUGUAUUUAGUUUCAGUUUCUUAUCGAAUACGCCGCAUUUCUACAUUUAAUUAUUUGUAUAGUUACAAACUAAGUUUCGCA